CGGCGAACAGAUGGCGGGUGCGGCGUCAGCUGCUGCCAGGCAGGACGUCGUCGACCGCCGGCAGCGUCGCCAGAUGUCAGAGCAGCCCGUCCUGCCGCUGCAUCUCGCCGCUAAUCAGGCGUGAAGCACGGACCGCGCGCCGGGCCAGAUCGUUUAUCGUCGUUAAGCAACUGUCAAUGAAUUGUUUUGAUUGCUUCAGACCGAAGACCAGCUCACCAGUACGCAACGAAUCAAAGCAGACGGCGGUGGGGCUCGAAAAGCCAGGGCUCGGUCCGGCCCGGAAGCCACGCUCGAAUUACGCCAGCUUGGACGAGGUGCUCAAGUCGGAGAAGGCGAUGGAGGCGCUGCGACAGUAUAUGGUCACCAUACGGCAGGACCACCUGCUCGACUUCCUCGCCGACGUGGAGCUGUACAGGCGCCAAAGGGACGAGGCCGACCGGCUGAAGCUGUCCCAGCAGAUCUUCACGACGUAUCUGAAAGUACUGGCAGAGCGUGAGGUCGUGCUGGACAAGCCGCUGCGGGACAGCAUCAGCGCCCGCCUGCAGGAGGCCCCCGCCACGCUCUUCGACAGGGCUGAACGUGCCGUCACGGAUGACAUCAGACGUGACGUCUUCCCCCACUUCUUGAAGACGCCGCUGUUCGAGCGGCUGGCCGGCCUCGCCUGAGGCUCGUGUGGCCCAGGGUCACUGACCUCAGGCGUGACCUGGGGUCAGGUGUGACUUGUGUCAGGAGUGACAUACCGCCCCGCGGUGGCCUAAUCUGGGUCCUGGAAUACGCCACCAGCUAGACGACCGUCCAGAUGAUGGUCUGUGUGAUUUACAGUUGCUCUUUCGGCCUUGCUUCAGAUUGGGUCG